GGGGAUACUUUUCGUCGCUGUUCGGCCGGUUGUUUGGCGAGAAUGAAGUGCGUGUUCUUAUUCUGGGCUUAGACGGCGCGGGUAAAACAACCAUCCUUUACCGCUUACAGGUGGGCGAGGUAGUAACCACCAUCCCUACAAUCGGAUUUAAUGUCGAAACCGUCACAUACAAAAAUCUUAAGUUCCAAGUGUGGGACCUGGGAGGUCAAACGAGUAUCCGGCCAUACUGGAGGUGUUACUAUGCGAAUACCGACGCCAUUAUAUAUGUAGUAGAUAGCGCGGAUAGGGACCGUAUGAGCAUUUCUAAGCAAGAGUUGUUGUCAAUGCUGGAAGAAGAGGAGCUUCGAUCGUCUACACUUCUCGUGUUCGCGAACAAACAGGUGUGUGUCUGGGCGCGUACGCGUUUGCUAGAGAAGGCGUAG